AUGUCUGAUAACAAGUCUGUCAUUCUCGAUACGUCCAUGGGUUCAAUUCACAUUGAAUUGUACUGGGACCAUGCACCAAAAACAUGUAAAAACUUUUAUGAGCUUGCAAAGCGUGGAUAUUAUGAUGGUGUGAGCUUUCAUCGCAUCAUUGCUGAUUUCAUGAUUCAAGGUGGUGAUCCCACGGGAACGGGUCGUGGUGGCGCAUCGAUCUAUGGCGAGAAGUUUGCAGACGAAAUCAACCCUGAACUCAAGCAUACGGGUGCUGGUAUCCUCAGUAUGGCCAACUCUGGUCCCAAUACCAACGGAUCUCAGUUCUUCAUCACAUUAGCCCCUACUCCUUGGUUAGAUGGCAAGCACACAAUUUUUGGACGAGUGAGUGAUGGAAUGAACGUAGUCAAGAGAAUGGGCUUGGUCAGAACAGAUGGCAAUGAUCGUCCCAAGGACACUGUGCGUAUCGAACAUUGCCGUUUCGAGUAG